AUGGUAAGUGUGCCAUGGCCUGUGGACUUGCUUCACAGCGGCGGUGAUUCUUCUUCUCUAUUCACCAGGAAUCCUGUCUUAGACAUAAACCCUCUACCUUCGACACAGUAUCGAGGCCUCAUUGCCAUCUCGAUCCUCGCCUUUGCUUCGGUUCUGGCUACAACUGGUCUGCUCUGCUUUAUCACAUACCGAAUCUUCUUCUCGAAACGGGGGGACAAACGGUAUCUCGGCCAUAAUCAGUACAUCAUCCUCAUUUACAACCUCCUGCUCGCCGACUUGCAGCAAUCCCUAGGGUUUAUCAUUUGCAUUCACUGGGUUCGAAACGAUGCUAUCCGCGCUGGCACAGCUGCUUGUUUUUUGCAGGGUUUGUGGCUGCAAGUAGGAGAUCCAGGUAGUGGGUUGUUUGUGAUGGCCAUUGCUGCCCACACAUUCAUGUUGGUCACUUUUGGGCGGAAAAUUGAGCACAAGUGGUUCGUUUUAGCUGUAAUCGCAGUGUGGUGUUUUCUCGCUGUUAUAGUGGCUAUUCCAAUUGCAAGCCAUGGUGUCGACGUGAUGAUUCCAUCUGGAGCAUGGUGUUGGAUCAGCUCCAAAUACGAAAUCGACCGUUUAUGGACUCACUAUCUCUGGAUCUUCCUUGCUGAAUUCGGCACCGUCAUCCUCUACGCAAUCAUGUACUUCCAACUCCGCCGCCAAAUCUCUGCAUCGUCCAUCCUCGGUGCUAGCGGAAGCGCGCAGGUAGAGAGUCUCAAACGGCUUCGGCGUGUAGUCGGAUACAUGGUUAUCUACCCAGUCGCAUAUGUCGUUCUGUCUCUGCCCCUUGCUGCUGGCCGCAUGGCUUCAGCGCGCGGCGAACAGCCCAGCAUGGCCUACUUUUGCGUUGCGGGCGCCAUGAUGACCAGUUCUGGCAUGGUUGACGUGGUUGUCUACACGCUAACGCGCCGCAAUCUCAUCACUGACUCGGAGUAUCGCGGAAACAGUGCGUAUAACAAUAUUGUCAGCGGCCACCGGAAUACCAACAGCCAUCGUCAUCACCAUCAUUACGGUGGACGCUCAGCCAACCUGACGACAACGGUGACUUCUACUGUUGCCGGUGGCGGAGGCUGGAAGAAUCAUCGUGGGAAUAACCGCUCGUCGAAUUCAGAAGGGUCUGGUUCGACUGACAAUAUCGUGCAGCAGCCAAAGGAUAUCGAGCUGGGUCAGCUAGGGAAGGUCUAUCAGCAGACUACAAUUGAGGUCACGAGCGAGCCGGCCUUUCUCGCGAACCCUAGUCCACGGUCGAGUCAAGAGGAACGCCGUGUUUCUACUGAUCAUAGGCCGAUGUGGUAA